AUGACAGAAAUGGCUCUCAAAGGACAUGUUUCAAAAACACUUGAGAAAAUCACCUUUACCCAAUGUAGUCUUCGCUGUCUAAGGGAAGAUUGGUGUGUCUCGGUCAAUUUUGAAAUCCAAAAGACAAUGGGAAAGUGUGAGUUGAAUGACUAUGGAGUUGAAGACGAGACARGYGUAUCRAUAGAGAAAGGAGAAUUUGAGAAGAAAGAMGGGUUUGUMUAYACUCAACUCAGACCAGCUGGGUCUGGUUGUCAUGACAACACCUGUAAAAAUGGCGGCACUUGUGUCGUCGAAUGUAACAAAUGGCAACCACAGUGUUCUUGUCCGCGUGGUUUUCGUGGGAAACGAUGCGAAGAUAUCAGCGAGUGUUCUAGUAAUCCAUGUCUUCACGGUGGAACAUGCACAGAUCAGGUCAAUGGCUACUCGUGUACAUGUGCUGCAGGAUACAAUGGAGCAAAUUGUGAAAAUAGUUUAAACUGCGAGGUUUAUUUCCCUUCUUCGUUGUCGUUGUUCAACGCCAUUGUAAUACGCAGCGCACUGCCUGCUGACCUUGAUACUCUUACCGUGUCGUUUUGGAUGAAAGUGUCAGACCAGAGGGCUAUUCUGUACCCGUUUUCGUAUGUUUCUUUGAGCGUUAUUUCAGCCCUCAUUAUUGGUAUCAAGGACGAUGGGAUGGCAGAAGUUACCGUCGCGGGAGAGACAAAGGUUUUAUUUUCAGGUGUGAAGCGAGACAAUAAGUGGCAGCACUGUGCCGUCACAUGGAAGUCUAGUACAGGCAAUGUGUCAUUUUAUCGCGAUAAUAAGCUGAAAGGCUCUGAGACGGGCCUCAAAAUUGGCGAGAAAGUUCCCAGCGGAGGUAUACUGGUGAUUGGUCAAUACCAGGGUAGCUAUGGCGGUGGAUACGAUUCCUCCAAACUCAUGAUUGGUUACCUGGCUGACCUUAACAUUUGGUCCAGAGAACUGACGUCAUGUGAAAUUAAAACUCUUUCAAGUAAAUGCUUUUCGUCUUCAAGUUCUGCUCCUGUUUUGCCAUGGUCAACUAUUAUUUCAAAACCUUUGGGUGGAGAGCUUAGCAAGACGUGCCCAGCUACUUUAGAUAAGACUUCUUUGGCUAUGCUUACCUCCAAAAUUAUGUUUUUGUUCGUGACAUUUAUGUCAUUUCCCUAUUGUUAUAACGAACCUAAUGUAAUUUGUCCCACUGAACGUUCUGCUGGAGCCCUGAUCAGCAAGAAAGACAUGGCACUCAAAGGACACGUUAGAAAAACCCUGGAGAAAACCACCUUUAUUCAGUGUAGUCUUCGCUGUCUAAAGGAAGAUUGGUGUGUCUCGGUCAAUUUUGAAAUCCAAAAGACAAUGGGAAAGUGUGAGUUGAAUGACUAUGGAGUUGAAGACGAGACAGGUGUAUCGAUAGAGAAAGGAGAAUUUGAGAAGAAAGACGGGUUUGUCUACACUCAACUCAGACCAGCUGGGCUUGGAUGUCAUGAUGACACUUGCCUAAAUGGCGGCACUUGUGUUAUCGAUUGUAUCCAAUGGACACCACAUGUACAGUGUCAUUGUGCAAGUGGUUUUCGUAAGAAUCGCUGUGAAGAUAUCAACGAGUGUUCUAGUAAUCCAUGUCUUCACGGUGGAACAUGCACAGAUCAGGUCAAUGGCUACUCGUGUACAUGUGCUGCAGGAUACAAUGGAGCAAACUGUGAAAAUAAUAUCAACGAGUGUUCAAGUAAUCCAUGUCWWMACGGUGGAACAUGCACAGAUCAAGUCAAUGGCUACUCGUGUACAUGUGCUGCAGGAUACAAUGGAGCAAAUUGUCAAAAUCAUAUCAACGAGUGUUCUAGUAAUCCAUGUCAAAGCGGUGGAACAUGUACAGAUCAGGUCAAUGGCUACUCGUGUACAUGUACUGGAGGAUACAGUGGAACGAGAUGUGAAACAUUGUUAUCUUCAAGUUCAAACUGUGAGCUUCAUUUUCCAUCUACAUCGACGUCCAACUCCAUUGUAAUAGAUAGCGCGCUGUCUGCUGAGCUGGGUAGUUUUACCGUGUCGUUUUGGAUAAAAGUAUCUCACCCAACGGUUAUCUUGUAUCCGUUUUCGUAUGCCACUACAAAUGUCACUUCAGCCUGGUUUAUUGGUAUAAAGGAAGACGCUACAGCAGAAAUUACGGUCGCGGGAGAAACAAAGUCCCUGUCUUCGGGACUGAGACGGGACAACACAUGGCAACACUGUGCAAUUACUUGGAGAUCCAGCACAGGCAAAGUAUACUUCUACCUCAAUAGCGUCUUGAAAGGCUACGGGAUGGGCCUCAAAAUUGGCGAGAAAGUUCMCAGCGGAGGCAAGCUGGUGAUUGGUCAAUACCAGGGUAGCUAUGGCGGUAGAUACGAUUCCUCCAAACUCAUGAUUGGUUACCUGGCUGACCUUAACAUUUGGUCCAGUGAACUGACGUCAAGUGAAAUUAAAACUCUUUCAAGUAAAUGCUUCUCGUCUUCAAGUUCUGCUCCUGUUUUGUCAUGGUCAACAAUUAUUUCAAACCCUUUGGGUGGAGAGCUAAGCAAGACGUGUCCGGCUACUUGUCCAGCCUAGUUGAAAAGCUAUGACAAGUAGGCUUGAUUCACUUGCUUGAUCACAUGUGAACAACUUAUAUUUAAACUUAUAUACACAACUUAUAUUUUAACCGCAUGAUUUGAAUUUUUUGUUUGGCUUUUAUUUUUAUCCCCCUUACUUUUUGAAGUUAAAAUGAAGAAGGGUAUGUAACGAUCUCAUGGUGCAUUUGAUUAGGGAACUGAGUUUGAGGACAUGCCAGAUAGCAUUAAGCCUUGUUCAAAGUAAAUACAAAUAUUGUAUUUGUUGCAAGGUUCGUUUAAUUAAUUUACCUUCACAAACCCUCGGCUGUUAAAAAUGAUCCCAAGGGACUAGCAUGCGAAUUUAUUUCGGAAAACAUUUAUAAUCAAGGAAGUAAGCAUUUUGUCAGAACUUUUUUGUUAGUUUCUUGGGAAUCUAGUACGUUAAUGUCUG